AUGGAGAGAAUGGAAGAGGAUAUUAGGGCCACGCGACAGAAGAUUGAUGCGGCUUCAGAAGAUGACCUGGACUGCUUAGAGCUCCUGGAUCAACUGGGAAUUCUAUAUAGAAACCGGUUUAGACACACGGAAAACCAGAAUGACCUUCGAGAAGCUAUCGAAGCCAUAGAAAAGGGCAGCAACAUCACUCCUGAGGGAGAUCGGAUGAGGCCGAAACGCUUCAGUUUCUUAGGGAGUCUCUUUAGAGACAAAUUCCUCAUGACUGAUGACCUGGCUGACAUUGAGGCUGCAAUUAGCCACGCAAAGAAAGCCGCUGAUGAUACCCAAGACUCUCACAAUCAUCGGACGUUCCUGAAUAAUGUUGGAUUGUACUACCACGAAAAGUUUCAAGUCACUGAUGAGUCGACGGACAUUAAUGAAGCCAUAAAUUUCAUCAAAGAAGUCGUGAACUCCUAUUCGGAACAGGAACAGAUUCCAGCAAGAGUCUCCAACAGUCUCGGAACCGUUCUAGGGGAUCGAUUCCAGAAAUUAGGAGGGGCUGAUAUUGAUGAAGCCAUCGAACACACCAAGAAUGCGGUUAACACUGUAUCCGACAACGAUCCGGAUAAAGCAAAAUUCUUGGCCGAUUUAGCAAGUCUAUAUGGAGAUCGAUGUCUCCACUCUGGUGAGCCGCUUGACCUCGAUUUGGCGAUCGAGAACUAUCAAAAAGUGAUGGAAUUGACCUCAGACGACGACCCAAGCUAUGCGAUCCGUUUGAACAACCUUGCGAGUCUGCUCCGAGACCGAUACCAGAAAAUUAAUGGAAAGACCGAUCUAGAACAAGCGCUGAAAUUCGCACAGAAGGCGGUUGAUUUAACAGCUGGGAAUCAGCCAGAACGUGCGAUAUAUCUGAGCAAUUUAGCCCAUAUACUGGGCGAGCGCUAUCUGAGAGACUCACAAACAAAGGACAUUGAAUGUGCUAUUACCCACGCACGGGAAGCUAUAGAUAUGACGCAGGAUGAUCAUCCAUACCGUUGGAGGCGCUUGAACAACCUUGGCGUUCUCCUCCGGCAAAAGUCUCUGAAAUGUCCAACCCAGGCAGCCAAAUCACCUAUUCUUGAGGAAGCCAUUGAAGUCACCUUGAUUGCGGUCAAAGCCACCAAGGAGGAUGAUUGGGAUUAUGCAGGACGCGUGAACAAUUUGGGGCUUCUUUUUGGGGAUGCCUACCGAUGCAUCGGAAGGCCAAGCGACCUGGAUAAAGCCAUUGAAUAUUCCCAAGAAGCCAUUAGUAAGACGCCUAACAAUACUCUGGAUCUUUCGACAUAUCAAAGUAAUCUGGGGAGCUUAUUCGAAGAUAGAUACGAGUUGAAUGGUCGAAAAAAGGAAGGAGACUUGCAGAAUGCGAUAUCGUCGUAUGAAGCUUGUCUUGGUACGUCAAGCGGACUUCCACUAACUCGCAUACGUGCCGGACAAUCAGCUGUAUACCAUCUGGUCGCGGAGAGGAACUGGCUCAAGGCAGCUCAACUACUGGACCAGAUAUUAAACAUUCUCCCUGAGGUCACACCGCCAUCAAGUGCUCGAGACGAUCUGCAACACACCCUUCGACAGUUCUUCGGGCUCGCAUCUCUCACAGGCUCCGUCUUCCUGAAAGCUGGAAGGACUCCAGCCCAAGCAUUUCAAGCGCUCGAGCAGAGCAGAGGAGUAAUCUCGAGCCUAAUGAUGGACUUUAGAGCCGAUCUGUCCUCUCUAAAGGACAAGGGCAAUGACAAGCAGGCCCAAUAUCUCAGGACAAGGCAGCAAAUCAUAGCCGCGAAUGCAUUUCGAAACUCUGCUUUGCUGGAUAUCUCAGCGAAAGACUACACAUCACACGAUCUUCAGCGUGAACGGCUGUUCAAGAGCCUGUCUGAUAUUCAAAAUGAUAUACGGGCAUGUGCGGGAAACGAAAAUUUCCUUCUACCUCCCUCAGAGAAAGAGAUCUUGGACUUGGCACGAGACGGGCCUCUCGUCUCCUUUAAUGUCAGUGAUGUCAGCAGUGAAGCUUUCUUGAUAACUGCAGAUGAAAUCCGGGUCUUAUGUCUCCCUGACCUGAAGAAAGAAAAUCUUCGGCGAUGUAUAGAUACUUGUGCUUCAAGAGGAAACUUGGCCCGACGGGAUGCAUCUCUUUCUCUCGGAGGCAAAAAGCAAAAGCCUCUUAUUCCAGAUGUGGCAACUGAACUGUCAGACCUGUGGAAAGUCAUAGUGAAGCCAGUCCUCUCAAAAUUGGGGCUUGUGGGUCCAGUAGGCCCCGGCGAAAAGUUACCACACAUCUGGUGGGUUGGGGGUGGGAUAAUGGCACAGGUACCGAUUCAUGCAGCUGGUGAUCAUUCGAAAGGAUCCACGGAGAACACACUGAGUCACGUCGCCUCAUCAUAUGUCACGACCUUGAAAAUGCUUCAGUUCAUCAGAAACAAGCCCCAAACAUUGAGCAGAGAAGUAGAGCCAAAAGUCCUUGUUGUUUCAAUGCCUAGCACACCAAGCCACGGGGUUUCGCUCAACGUGGCGGAGGAGGUCGCGGCCAUCAAGAAACACGUCGGCUCGUGGGCGUCAACGAAGGUUUUGGAGCGGCCUACCAAAGAAGAAGUCCUUUCCGAAUUCGAGACUUGCACAAUAGUCCACUUUGCUUGUCACGGCAUUGCAGACACUGUAGAGCCCGCUAAAAGUGCUCUCCUCCUUGGGAGGGAGAAGCAAGAGCGCCUCGCCCUCGGCGAUUUGGACACAAUCAGUCGUGAUGACACCGAAAUUGCAUACCUCUCGGCCUGUUCGACCGCUGAGCUGAAAGUCGAAGAUCUCGUUGACGAGAGUAUCCAUCUCGCCAGCGCUUUUCAGCUCAGUGGAUUCCGACACGUUAUAGGGACACUGUGGGGUGCAGAUGAUGCCGCCGCUGUUGCCAUUGCAGGCAAGUUCUACGAAGAAUUGCUUAAGGACAGCAAGUCGUUAAGAUUGCCCGUGUCACGCGCACUUCACUAUGCCGUGAUGGAUUUCCGGAAUAGGCAAGAUAAUUGCACGGCUGUUUGGAAGUGGGCGCCGUUUAUCCACCUGGGUGGUUAA